UGCUAUGUCCUGGAGAAAUCAACAGAGACCAACCCAUUGGUGGCUUCGUUCUUAUUUUAGAUUGAACAGGCCAUGUAAAGGAGGCAACCUUAUGAAAAUUGAUACAAACCAAUGCACGGUUUCUAACGGGAAGCAGAAGUGCGAGGCAAAAUGUAAUGGCUGGUAUACCAAACAUCCCACAACGAGUUUCCAACUGGUUCAAUUAAGAAGAAAAAAGUGCAUUCAAUUUUCCGACGACCUUGGCAGGAAAUUUUCAUUAAAAACUGUCAAUAGUACGAGUGUCACUUUUGAGAAACAGCGAUGUACCACUGAAAGCAAUUUCCUGUUUGCCGAGAAAAGAGUUGGAAGACUAUAUCAAUAUCUACACACGGUCGGAAAUACUACUUUGUGCUUAGGCGUACCUGGAGACUGCGGUGUAACCUUAUCCCUUAUAAGAGCCGAUGGAAAUGAUAGGCGUUGUCUGUUUAGGAAACAUAGAAAGCGAAUAUAAGUUUUUGGCAAAAGAACAUGCACCAUUGGUAAUUUGGGGAUAAUUUGAAAAAAAUCGACUUUCUUCAUAAAAAGUGGUGUCGUUGUCUUAAAGAGAAACAGUUCUUUACUUUUUACUUCUUUUUAGUCAGGUUUUGGGUCAUUUUACCAUUAAUAUUAUUGAAAUUAUACCCUCAAAUGGGUACAUGACUUAUCUCUUUAUUUUCGUGUGGCAUGUCACAGACAUAUUUUAUAUAGCAUUUUUAGGACCCCUUAAUUACGGUGUUAGAUUGUUACUUGCGGAACAGGAUCAAAGCUUUAAUGGUUAUCAAAAGCAUGUCUGCAUUCCUUUUUAGGUAAUUUUUUUAUGUAGCGUGUAUGUUGGCUACAAAAUAUUUACUCAUCUACUUUCCUAGUUACAAAUAUUACUAGCAUCUAAGGGAAAGGUUUGUAAUCGAUGGCAUUCGGUCAAGUAUUGAAAAAUAUUUCAGUGAAGAGAAUUAUUUAAUUUAUUGAUUACAGUUAACAAGGAUAAACAUGGCCUAUCCAACAUUUUCUUCAUUCACAACGCUCAAGGAGAAGGAAAGAAAAGAACUCGAACGAAAAUAUACAUAGAAAAAGAAAAUUUUUGAAAAAGUUUUUUAAUAUAUUCAUUUAUAGAUAUGAAUUAGCACGCUAGUAGUUUUUUAUAUUGUAAGCGCUUAUUUUAAUAUAUUUAAGUAAAUUUCAUCUUGUAAAUUUUUGAUACGCAUUUUUAUCAAAUAAAUAAAUACACCUUAUUGAUAUAAUAAAUAAACGAGGAGGAGGACGGGGUCGAACUCUCCAGGUCUCAUACCCUAAAACGAAAUCAAGGCCAUGUUUUCUAGUAUCUAGGCUUGCCCUCGUUGAGGUCACUAGUAAAUCCUUGCUCGUUGCAGUUCCUCACUCACGUGGAAAUGUGCAAAGAUCCUAUUUAAAGCACUGCAUGCUGGCUUUGAUUUACGCACCAAUUCAAACACCAAUUCCUCCCUGUCGAGUUUCUCA